GUAGCCUCUUCCGUUUGCCACGCCUGUUUACAAUUGAACUAUUUCCUUUGCCGAUGUAUCUUUGUUACAAGAAGGGACGUGGUGAAACAAAUUUUACCGUAAGGAUGCGUUCAUUGCAACACGUUUAGUUGGAAUACAUUCAUCUAACAGACGCGUGCGCUAAAGAAAUAAGAGGUCGCUUGGACACAUGACGCAUCUCUGGGCCUCUCCCCGUAACCAUGGCACUGGGAGUUGACAGGGCCUUCCCAGCAUCCAUCUCCCCAAUGGAGUCCAAGGGCUGCAGUGGGCGAUGGAAGACCCGGAUUCCAGAGUUUAUCCGGACGGGGACAACCACAACGCAGCAUGACAAAGAUGGGGAGAAGGGGACAGGUGGCAGGGACCGGGGUGGUCCCCGAAAGAGUGUUACCAUGGCACCCACCUCCAGGUAUAUGAGUGACAGGAGGCAGUACUCUAUGAGGAAACCACUGGUCACCACCACAGAGCAGCAGACCUCCAUCCUAAAGAAAUCCUACCUACAGGAGCACCCAGAAAAGGAGCGACAGGGGGAAGGUAGCAGUAAUGAAGCACACCAUCAUAGCGAGUUUGACUUCCAGACCCGAUGGGCUGAACAGAAGUUCCCAGACAACUUCAACCCCUCUCAGGCCAACAUCUCAACCUGCUCAGCCUCCAGAGAGGACCUUAGCACCUCCCUGGGGGUGUCAGACCUCAGGACCGGUCUGUCACAUGAAGAACCCACCUUCAGCUCAUCGUACCUUGGCAGCAGGCCUGGCCGACGCAGCCUCUCCAGCCCACCCCUGGAGGUCCGUACUUUCUCUACUCCACUCAACUCCAAGUGGACCUCCACUCUGCUAUCCCCCCUCUCGCCCUCCUACACCCCCCCUUCGCGCCCGUCCAGACAGAGAUGGACAGAGCUGAGAUUGGAUGCAGGUGAAGUUUGUCAAUCACGUGGAGGAGGAAGGGAAAUGUAUCUAAAUGUAGGCCCUUCAGUGGGCUACUCCAACCCUGUGCUCCACACCAUGUCCCCCCACCAGGCCAACUACUGGGCCUGCGCCAUUCCCAGCUCCCUGCCCCCCUCCCCAGACCGACGCUCUUCGAGCUGGGACCCUGAUAAGGAGUACCAAGCCCUCCUAGACUACACCUACCCUCUGAGGCCAGGUAGGGUGGUAGGUGGGUGGGAUACCUCUGAUGCAGGGGGUGGACCUCUAAUCCAGACAGACCCAAACCUCCAGGACUCAGGAAUAGACCUGGACCGCAUCUGCAGCUCCACCAGCCUGUCAGCUUUGGACUUUUCCCUGACUGGCACGGCAGGGGUGGGGACGGCUAGGGAGAGGCAGAUGCCGGGUAUAGGUCAGAGGUCAUCUGAGCUGCGUGGGCUCUCACACCCCAAGUCCUCGGAUGGUCGCCUCUCCAGUAGCCCCUUAUCCUCUGCGGACCCUAUUGGUCUAUCCGUGGAGAGUCUGGACUGUAGUGGAGGUGGUGGUCUGGAUCCUUUGCAUCGUAUCGGGGAAGGUCGCUACUGCCAUCACGGCAUCUCCUCUUCCACCACGUUCAUCCGCACAACCAGUAUCCUUCCCCAGCCAGGGUGCCUCAGAGGGGGGGCUUGGGAUGAGGAGUUCUGGUCUCUUCCGGAGCAGUUGGAGGAGCUCCGGGGUUUGUCCCGGCAGGUCAGGGAGGUGACGGCCCAACUCAGUCAGCCUGUCACAGCCAGCUGGGAGUCCCUGGAGAGGGGGACCACCUCCGUCCAGUCCUCCAUGACCCUGGCUGAGAAACAGGAGGCAGAGGAGGAGAGAAAAGAACAGGAGCAGAAUGAAAAGGAAGAAAGAGAGGGUGAUGAGAAGCAGAAAGAGGUGUCCAUUUCUGAAGCGCUUCAAUACUUUAAUAAAGUCUCUAAAGUGGUCCAUAGUGGGGAAUCCUCCCAGGCAGCCAGAAACUCUGGUUCUAGGAUGGAGGCUGGGGUAGCAGGCAGGGGAGUGAGCAGGGCCAGUCUGAGAGAGGUGGAGGCCAUGGUGGACCAGCUGAGUGGACUAACCCUGCCUGAGUUCCAGAGGGGGAGCCAGGGGGACCAGGGGCACAGGGAGUCCCUCAUGCAGCACAUCCAGACCUUCUGUUCUAACCUGGAGGAGCUCAUCCAAUGGCUGUACACUGUGGUGGAGAGGAUGGAGGUGCUGGCUCCGCCCUCUGUGGACAUCGAGAGUGUCAAGUCUUCCCUGGCGGAUUAUAAGAGGUUUCAGAGAGAAGUAAAUGCCCACCAGCCUCUGACCACCUCUGUUCUGCAGACUGGAGAGCUUCUCCUGGGUUGUAUGACCUCCACUUCUCCCGUUCUGAAAGAGACCCUUGGUCUUAUUGAGAGGCAGUCCAGGGCGUUGGAGACUCACUCAGAGCACCUCUUCUCCUCUAUCCUCUCGGCCAUGGACAGCCUGACCCAGCCCAGGGAGCCCUGCGGGGCAGAGGAGACCGGCGCUGGGGACACCGAUAGCGUGGAGGUCCAGGGGACAGCUUAGUGAAGGCUCCAUGCAAGAUAUGGAUAGUAUGUUUCUGUGGUUACAUAGAGAUCGGGCUAUGAUUACUAUACAUCACCGUCUAGUUUCGGGCUAUCAGUUGUAUUAUUUAUCAUAAGUAAUUAUCCUUUUCAGUGAAGAAGAAUGAGAGCAGAUUGGUGGAGGAGGCUUGAUGAGGUGCAGGAGCAUCUUCACUAACAUUCCUUAAAGGAAAUGACCUCGUUGUGUUGAAAAGAGAACCACUUGACUGUUGUCAUGCUUUUGUUACAUUGUUUUCUUAAGUGCUUUUUAAAUGUAUGCAUAAUGUGUGCUGAAGAAGCAAAGUAUUAUUUGCCUUGUGAUAUAUGCUCAAGCAGAUGUUAAAUCAUUUGAGUUACACAGUUAUUAAUAAUGACCUAUUGCACUCCUCUUGCAACUCACUCUGUUACAUGCAUGACAAUGUUUUUUAACCUAUUUUGAUAUUUCUCUGUGGCAUCUAAGUGUCUUCACUAAAGGUGCUGUGAAUUUAGUACACUGGGUAGAGCACUGCAAUAUUUUCCAGCAAGUCUUUUUUCAGGGUGAACUCAACCAGUUGAUUAUGGCCUCAGAUUGUGUCACCUGUCUCUGGUACAUAAUGUUGAGCCUUCUUCCUGGAUUGACAGAAGUGAAGGUCUGCAUUUGUGUUGAUGUUGUAUAUGUAGAUUGGUAAUAUAGGAUGGUGAACCAUUGUGCCCUUACAGUUGUAUUUGAAAUCAUAUCAUUGAUCAGAUGGCAGCUAUAUGCAAGAUAUGGCCUCUGUGAUAAUCACCAGCCAGAGACAACAGCACAGUUUGGAGGUCCCAUGUUUUUAUGAGUUUGAUACUUUUUGUAUGCAUGGAAAACCUGGAUGAAAAGUGCCUAAAUUCAAUCAUAACAGGCAAUAGUCGGCACCCGCAUGCAUACCUGAUGUUUUGGCGGCGUCGGAGAUGUAACCGCGUUGGCGCUGUCAAAUUGGUGAGCAGCUGCUCUUGAUUUGUCACAAAGCCACACCCCUCGCGUUAAGAUGUUCAGAAUGAGAAAGUAGGUUAUAUGGAAAUAAUUAUGCUGAAUUUGAAAAUCAUUCAACUAAAUAAUGAGGAUUUCUUUUCAAAUUCCAGUGUUCUAAAAUGUAAACAAGGCUGCAUGGGAUUUCUCUUAAUGAGACUCGGUGCAGCCAAGGGCAAUGGCCGCUUUAGGUAUAAUGCCAGGAGCCGCUUGUGGAUUUGACAGCUCUAACGCAGUUCCACCUUCACUGCCAAAACGACCACUUUGCGGAUGUUGGCUAAAGCGGAUCUGAUUGAAUAGAGCGCUCAGACAUAACUAGCCUUUUUUAACGUGCAGGAUGUUUUUAACUGUCUUUGUUACUGUAGUAAUCAAUUGGGAAUGUUAACUUUUAAACACCAUGGAAAACUUUGUUCAUCAAACUGUUAUCCUCAUUCACAGAAUGAGCCUGGUGAAAACUACACAUUGUUCCUUCUGAUUAAACAAACCUUUUAUUUGG